CUAAAAAACGAAGGGAGAUGGUGAGUAACUGCGACUGCGAGACUGCUUCUCUGCCCUAUGGCUCUGGCUCUGGGAAAUCGCUGUUUGUGUUAUAAAGUUGAAAUUUCUGUCUCUCGCGACACAUGAUCGGAUCCCGGAAGCUGGUAUCCCUCUGAAAGUGUUAGUUUUCUUGCAGUUAUGAGUGGUAGCAGUCAGAGGACUCUUGGGGGUGGGGUUCAGCAUGUAUUGGACUAUCUAAGGCGAAUGCAGGCUGAGAACCCUGCUUUCAUUUAUGCAGUGCAGGGUGAUAAUGACCACUCUAGUGGAAACAUAUUCUGGGCAGAUGCAACAGCCAGGAUGAACUACAGUUACUUUGGCGACACUGUUACACUUGACACGACGUACAGGACAAACCGAUACAGGAUACCAUUGGCCUCAUUCACAGGAUUAAAUCACCAUGGACAACCUGUAUUGUUUGGCUGUGCACUAAUCCUUAAUGAGUCCGAGUCCUCUUUCAUUUGGCUAUUCCAAACUUGGCUUCAUGCAAUGUCUGGAAGUAGUCCUGUCUCUAUCACAACCGACCCAGAUGGGCUCCUACAGGUUGCUGUUGCACAAGCUCUUCCUGAUACCCGCCACCGUUUCUGUAAGUGGGCCAUGUUUAGAGAAACACAAGAAAAACUUGCUCAUAUAUAUCACUCACAGCCUACUUUCGAAACUGAGUUUAAAAAAUGUGUCAAUGAGACUGAGACAAUUGAUGAGUUUGAGACAUCUUGGAAAUCACUUUUGGCAAAAUACUAUUCAAUGGAUAAUGAAUGGCUUCAGUCAAUCUACAAUGCUCGAAAACAGUGGGUCCCUGUGUUUAUGCGAGGCACGUUUUUCGGAGAGUUGUCUGCAAAGGAUGACAGUGGAGGUCUGAACUUAUUCUUUGAUGGCCACGUGAAUGCAGCAACCACAUUACAGAUGCUGAUGAAACAGUAUGAGAAAGCUGUCUCUAGUUGGCAUGAAAAGGAACUGAAAGCAGACUAUGACACCGCUAACGACACCCCAGUUCUGAAGACACCUUCUCCUAUGGAGAAACAGGCUGCAGACCUUUACACUAGAAGAAUAUUCAUGAAAUUCCAAGUGGAAUUGGUUGAGACCCUAGCUAAUCCUGCAACAAAAGUGGAUGACUCAGGAACCAUCACAAUAUAUAGUGUGGCCAAAUUUGGGGAGGAACAGAAGGCUCACUCUGUUAGUUUCAAGGCUAAAGAGAUGACAGCUACAUGCAGCUGUCAAAUGUUUGAAUACGUGGGCAUAAUUUGUAGGCAUAUAUUGGCAGUUUUUAGAGCAAAAAAUGUUCUUACACUUCCUUCUCAAUAUGUUUUGAAACGAUGGACAAGAAAUGCCAAGAGUGGAGCUGUCCUGGAUGAACAUGCUUCUGAGUUGCAGAACAAUUCUCGAGAGUCUGUUACUGUUCGGUAUAACAAUCUGCGCCAGGAAGCAAUUAAAUAUGUAGAAGAAGGGGCAAAAUCUAUUCAUGUUUAUAAUGUAGCGAUGGAUGCUUUACGAGAUGCUUCCAGGAAGGUUGCUGCUGUAAAGAAUCUGGGGUCAGGGGCUACAUUGGGGAGCACUCUGACCAAUGGAGAUAGUCACGAGUUGCAUGGAGCUGGAGGGAAUCAAAUGUCUGCAUUGCAAUCGACAGAUGAGAAAAAAAAGAAGAUUCAGGAAUUGACAGCAGAGUUGGAAAGUACAAAUCAACGUUGUGAUGUUUAUCGAGCAAAUUUACUAGCGGUUCUGAGAGAUAUGGAAGAACAGAAGUUAAAUUUAUCGGUCAAAGUUCAAAAUGCGAGGCUUAGUUUGAAAGAAUGAAUGCCUUUAGCCGGAUCAGUACUUGCUGUUCUGCAUUUCUUUGCUGGUACGAGUAGCUGGGUGUAAUAUGACGUUCCAAAGCUGCCGCGACUGAGUGUGGAUGGAGAGUUUUGUAUAAAAGAUGGUAAGGCAUCGAGGGAAUGAGCUCAGGCUAGAGGAUGGAGGGUUUUAAAUGUCAAUGUAGUCCUAGUACUUUCCAAACCAUGCAGUUUGAAUGUAUUAGAUCUGUUGCCUUUCCUGCAACCUUGUCGUGCCUUCCAACAAAGUGAUAUGCCUCGGUAUCCCUCAGCGUAUCAAUAAUUUGAUUUCUGAUAUACAUAUGUGGUUUAAUCUUUGUAUUACCUUGGAGUAGUGUAGGGUUUAGGAUUGGGAAGAGUUAUUAAUCCAUAGGAUUUUUUUUUAUGGCAGCUAGAAUUUCAAUGAAAGUGAGCUCCUAGAAUUGAGCAGAA